AUGGGCCCACCUCACCUAGAGUCCUAUCCCACUGACCAGAAGUCUGAGCCUGCAGCCCUAGACUGCAGCUCCACCAGCCCCAGCUAUUUCUACAAAGGUCUGGACUCUCUCUACCAAGAACUGGACCUGGACCUCCUGAAUGAGGAUUCUUCCCUGACCCUCCCAGAUGCCACGACAGAGACCUCUGCGCCCACCUAUGAAUCUCAUUCAACUUCCAAACCGGAUCUGAUGGAGGCUGAGCAAAGGGAACUCAAGCUCUGAUCUGAGCUCACUGACUUGGAGGAAGAGCUCUCAACCUUAGGUGAGGUGCUGGCAGCCAAGGGGAAGCCGUGUGGUGAACUCGGGAGGAAGCUAGGCUGCGUGGCCUUGGUGGGACCGAAGCAGAAGCUUUCCGAGAGCCGGCAUAACAUCCACGCCUCCAACUCCUGCAUGAAGCGGAAGACUUGAGCGGCCCUGUCCUGGGUGGACUCUGACUGCAGGAAGCUUGAAGACAAGAAGAAGCCAUCCACCUUCAGAUCUCUUGAAGGGCAUGGGACAGUCAAGGCUAGAGUUGCAGGUGGCAGAGAGCUUGGCAGUGGUCUCCUUUCGUCACCAGCGAGUGGCAGCGAUCCACAGUCGAUUCCGGGGAGUGGACAUGGAACCGUUCCAGAACUUGGAGAUCAACUGCUUUCCUCUGCUCUGAAGCCACAGUAA